AUGGCUUCACAGCAGACCUUUCUGUCUCUCAAUAGCGGCUUUAAGAUACCCCAAGUCGGAUUUGGCAGCUUUAUGGUUGGUUGUUUCCUCACUCUGUUCACUCCGUCCAUCUUUAGCCAAAGCUGCAUGAGGUGGAAAAUCCUGUCUUUUGGGCGAUCGAUGCAGGCUAUCGACACAUCGAUUGCGCACGCGCCUACCAAAAUGAGACUGAAGUUGGCAGGGCUCUGAGACGGCAGCUAGAUGCUGGAACUGUAAAACGCGAAGAUCUUUUCAUUACAUCAAAGGUAGGCCGCAGUCGUAAAUAAGCCGCCGGUGUAGUUGUGGGGCGAUGCCCAUCGACUGGAAGAUGUGCGCCCAGCUUGUGAGGAGAGCUUGCGAAAACUGGGUCUGAAGUACCUGGAUCUAUAUCUCAUUCAUUUUCCCGUCCCUUUCAAGGUAACCUCAUUUCACCGUCUUUAUACUUGCAGUUAAAAGAGGGUACGCAAUUCCCAGUAACUGACCCGAGUGCAUUUGAAUUUGAGUACAUACAGCUGGAGGAAACGUGGAAGGUGAGUUAUCAUUCGCUGGGUACACACAGCAGACUGCAUCCUCGGAGGACCUGAAAAAUCGUUUCGAAUAUCUGGAGCGACCCAUGCAAGGUCCGCUUCGCGAAACCCCUACGCCACCUCUUUUAAACAGACCCUUGUGCCCGCAAUAAAGUUGUCAUUGUUGUUUGAUUCGCAUUUCCUUUUAAUGUUUGAACCUCUUGCGUUUUUUGCUUAGGGUAUGGAGGAGCUGGUUGAGGCGGGUCUCGUUAAGUCAAUCGGGGUGUCCAACUUUAACAGGGCUCAAAUUGAUCGCAUUCUGGCUGUCUGCAAGAUACCCCCUGCUGUAAAUCAAAUUGAGGUCACGGUGAAUUGGCUAAAUCAAAAACUGAUCGACUAUUGUCACUCAAAGGGGAUUCAGAUCACAGCCUACUCCCCGUUUGGCUCCCCAGGCCUUAUUAGGUAAGUUAACAAUGUGCGCAGUUUCUGCACCUUUUUUCCCCGGCCUACAACCAGGGUAACCCACUAUCUCGCAGCCAAUAGGAUACUAGCAUGCCUGAACCAAUUAGAACAGAGCAUUCUGUCUGACUGCGUCGCUAACCGGCUUGACUGGCCCCACCUACCAUUAGCACUUCUGCGGUUACUAGAUUUGUCAUCCAUGACCAGCCAUUCUGACCUUGCUCGCCAUUUGCGGAACCGAUAAAGCAAUUGAGACUCAAUUGGAGACAUGAUGUUAGGGGCGAGCAGAAAACCGAGGACAAUUUGCAUGCGAUAUGGCUGAUUAAGCAUAAUUCGAAAUUCUGAAAUGCUAUUUUGUUAAUAAAGGCUUCCAAAUGCAUGUCUCUCCCGUCACCAGCCAAAUUAACACUCGAAAAAAGUGGCUCCGUAAUUAGUAUACAUUAUCGCGACUAGUCUUCGGCCCUCUUAUGAAUGCAAACAUUAUUGACUAGAGAAUAUGCACAAGAAUAUCCUGUCAUACAUAUUUUUUUAAUAGACUACUCUAAUGCAAGCGUUCCAUUCGAAAAAAUUAUAAUAUUCGGUUUUCGAAAAUGUUUACAGUAAUGGAAUAUUUAAGGUCAAUGGAAAUUCUUUUUAAGAUGGAAUGGUAAAUGUUUGCUACGAAAACUACUAAGGAAAUAUACAAGGCUUUUUUGUAUCUACUGCACAGUUUUGUGAGCGGUGUAUGGCGUCUCCCGGACAGCAUAGAAAAAUAAACCAGUUUCCGUAAGUAGUCGGUUUCACGCCUACGGAUUGCAAACCCUGGAAGCAAAUGAAAUGCCAGGACAAGUUCUAAAUUACUAAAAAAAACUUUAAAAGAUGUUUAAAACUGUAAGAUACACUUUUUCGAGCAGAAACUUUGAACAAGCGGUAAUACGUUUUGAACUGAGUACAAGGUAGGGUGUUCUCAGACGUAUUUUUUUCAGUCGAAAAUGCUAGGCAUAGAAAAUCGAUGGAAAUGUGUGCUAAUCAGGUAGUAAUUUGGCCAAUGUAAUUUCAUCUGGUGGCCAGGAGUACGUAAACUCAAAAGCCAGCAUCUUGGCGCAAAUGGAGCAUCCGUCUGAGAUUUUGCUGCUUGAUGCAAUACCACUUUAGUAAUUCUUUCCAUUUCAAAGGGCUUUUCGGAAUUUCGGUUUUAUGAAGUACGUAACCUACCGUAGAUGAGUUUGGGCAUAAUGAUUGACAUUACGGGGAGCACUAGUGUACGGGUGAUAGAUGCCGGCUGACUUAGACGCUUAUGAAAGAGACGUCGUCGACUUGCGGUCGCAGUAACAUGCUUAUGCCCCGACGAUGCGCCGGCCGGAUCCUGUUUUCAGCAAUGAAACCGUUCCGUAGUCCAUCCUGACAGGUGGAACUGAAAUAACAUGACUGAGACUGGGCCAGAGGAUAUUUUAACGGUUAACGGACCUCUGCAGAGAUUGUUUUCACUGCAGUGUCGCUAGGGAGCGAUGUCUGUUCAUGCAUGACUACCGAUACAGGAAAGCGAAUAAAGUUCUUCAAUCACUGUUCACCGGAACAAUGCCUCGGCCGGCCGACCAAUGCAACAACGCCCUAAUGCGUCCGUUUUUGGAAUAUUUCGCUUGCCAAAUAAGCUCCCGAAAUUGCGUCUACUUGUUAUCCUGUUUAGUCCGAGCGUUGUUUACUUGGAACAGGGAUGUGCCGUCUCCGUUGGAGGAGGAAUACGUGAAGAAAAUCGCUCUUGUCCACAGAAAGACACCGGGUCAGGUUCUCCUUCGGCAUGCAAUACAGCGCGGUCUUUCGGUGGUUGCAAACAGCUCGAAAAAGGAGAGGAUUCAGGCUAACUUCAACGUAAGUCAAGUUUUUUAAUGCUUCCGUCUGUUUCUACUGAAUUCCUUUCGGGCGACCAACUAAUGACAAAGACUAGAUCGCAUAAUCAGAGUUACAAUUCGCAUUAGCGUGCAUGAAUGAGGAAAUGAUCUCUUGGGUCGUAUUUUUGCAUUGCAGACGCCUCGGAGGAUUUAAUAUUGCCUUUAGGCCUUGCAGUGUGAACGACAGUAGAAUGAUGUGGCUGUGCCGAAUAUUUUGUGGUGCUUCCUCUCCUUCCUCACCACCACCACCACCACCACCACUACCACCACCACCACCCCCACCACUACUACCACCACCACCACCACCAACACCACCACCACAACCACUACCACCACCACCACCACUACCACCACUAUUACCACCACCAUCAUCAUCAUCAUCCUCAUCAUUAUCAGCAGCAACAUCACCGUCACCUUCAUCGUCAUUAGCAGCAGCGACAACCGGCGCCGUACUAUCCUCUAGUGUUAUCAGCUGUACCUGGUGGAUACUCCACUAGAUUCGUUGUUCAUCCAAUCAAACCUUCAGACAGACUUUUGACCCUCCAAAGUAUCGCCUCCAAUGCUUUUCACUUUGACUCAGCUAUAAAAAACCUGGUGCCUCGGUGGGAUUCGAACCUAGGACAGCACAUCGAGAGGCUUUAGUACAGCCAACGCUCUAACCAUCUGAGUUACAAGCCCCCAACGGACAACGCGAGUUUAAUCACAUUUGGGUCAAAUUUACCCGCCCAACCUACUGUAGCGUCUGGGAUCCUCCAAAUCUGAUACAGUAAGCUGACUGCCCCAGCAGGAUUUCCUAAGUAAUGCACAUAGAACCCACCAGAUGGCUACCAGAAUCAAGUAAUUCAGAGGCGUUUUGGCAGACACGGUUAAUCGACAGGUUUUGCUUCUGCAGACCGAGGUUUUUUUCGCUUAACGGGUGCCGUCAGAGCUUGCACUCGUCGUCUGACAUUGCGCCUGCUGAAAAUGAGGGGAAGUACCCCUUGUACUAAGAACAGAUGGCAAAUAAAGACGCUGAAGGAUGACAACGCAUUUCUCAAACUACAGUGUCGGUAAUUCGGGUAACUGACAUUCAAACGAAAUCACCUGGUUAGUUGUCAAAAUAAGACAUUUUGUGUAGGCAAAAGUCAUACAAGUCGAUUAAUCUAACCGUUUCAGUUAAACUGUAUUUAGGCAGUCGGUGAGUUUACAUUUCAUUCAAUCAAACGUUCAGCACUCUUCUUUAAAAAAAUAAUUUCAGGUCUUCGAUUUCACCCUGACGACUGAGGAAAUGGAAACCCUCAACACAAGCGGCCGCAACGCCCGUGUCUUUGAUGCCAAAAUGUAGGUUCAUUUGACCCACUUGGGGUCUUUAAUCCGGUUUCGGUUCAGGGUGAUGAGUCAUCCGGAAUAUCCAUACAAGACGGAAUUCUAA